GACCAACGCAACAGAAUACUGAAUCACAAAAUCUUCAGAGAGGCUUGUGCAGCAGCUAGCAGCUAGCCAUGGCGGAUGGGAAGAAGACGGCGAAUCAUGUUUCGCCUGCCGAGCUAGUGGCCGCCCGGCAGUUCACCGUCCCGUACGCCGUCAAUUUAACGCUCGCCACCACUGGGGGUUUGUUCACCCCGAACGACCUUUACAAGGUCAAGGACACCAACGGAGACGUGGUGUUCAUGGUGAAGGGCGUCUCCUUCAGCAGCCGCCGCCUCCUCCUCGACGCCGCCGGCAAAAACCCUCUUCUAACCAUGAAACCGAAAGCAUCUAGUUGGCACGAAGCAUGGAGAGUAUACAGAGGAGACAGCACCAGCCCGAACGACUUGCUGUUCAGCGUGCGAAAGCCCAAGGUAUUCCAGUGGAAGGACAACUUUGAUGUGUUCUUGGCCGCCAACACGGACGAAGCUUCCCCCGGUGACUUUAAGAUAAUUUCACGAAGCAAGAAAUGCACCAUUUGUAUUGGCCAAACCGAUGAAAUCAUAGCCCAAAUGCAUCGCGAGACUGCAUUUUUUGCCAGGGACAAAUUAGAGAUAACAGUGAAUCCGAACCAGGAUUUCGCCUUCAUCGUGUCGUUGAUAGUCAUCCUUGAAGAGAUCAAGGCAAGUCGUCGUCGAUCAAGUGGUAGUGCUAGUGCUGGUGGUGCUGCUGCUAGUGCUAGUGCUGGUGUCUGAUGGAGGAAGCGGUGCAGCUGCUUCAGAAUGUUAAGUAGAUUAAUGUCUGUCUGUAUUUUGUAUAGUAUUGCUAACGGCUAUUGUUAAAAAGGAAAAUUAGUGUAUUGUAUUUGUUUCAAUUAUAUAUGUUUCAUAAAAGUCACUAAAUUUUAUUUUUUCUGAAUUAAUAAAUUUUGAUUUAUGCUUAGAAGUUUUUCUCGUGGUUAAGCAAUAUGCAUACUGGACGAAACGGCAAAGAACCCUCUAUUAGAAUUAGGUUUAAAGUUAUAAUGAUGAU